UUGUCACAUGACCUCACGUGGAAGUAGAGCUCACGACUGGACGGUGUAAACACACUGUAACCGGAGCAGCAUCUGGGUACGAGAGCUAGGCAGGGGUCUGUAUAAGUCAUUUUAGAUAUUUAUCGUGCUGUGAAUGAAACUACGCGUUUUAAUGACGACAGCACCUCCAGCUGAUUUUCAAACGCGGACAUGGCCACGGUGGACUCGAAUAAAGUCACUCACGUUUCCUCCGAAGAGGACAGACUUCUGUUUCCAGUGAAUCACUAUGGUUCAAAUGACUGCAUGCAUGACUGUAGCAACCCCAAAACAGACUGCUGGAGAGGCGCUGACCAGGAAGAGGAUGCGUUGCGCAGGAAGUUAAAAUAUUUCUUCAUGAGUCCAUGUGAAAAGUACCAAGCCAAAGGCAGAAAACCUUUCAAACUGGUGGUGCAAAUACUGAAGAUUAUCAUAAUAACUAUACAGCUGGUGCUUUUUGGUUUAAGCAAUGAGAUGGCGGUGACAUUUAAGGAGGAAAACACAGCCUCAUUUAAACACCUGUUUCUCAAAGACUAUGAUAAUGAUGCAGAUGAACUCGCGGUUUACAAGCAGGCUGAUGUUUAUGACCACAUAUUCUACACAAUAGAACAGUAUCUGGUUUUGUCGGAGACGACAGUGGGUCGAUACGCAUAUGUGUACAAUGUUGGGGUGAACGGGAGCGCGUUGUCUCUCUGUCAGCAGUAUUAUAAAAGGGGCCGAAUCGACCCAGCAAACGACACCUUCACCAUUGAUCCACAUGUGACCACAGAGUGUAUUGGAGUGAACCCUUUGUCCAUCCCCACAGAGACUCUGGGCCGUGAUUACAGGAAUUUCACCCUCAAGUUUCACAAGCUCAUAAACGUCACCAUAACGUUCCAGCUGAAGGCUAUAAACCUGCAGACCAUCAUACACAACGAAAUUCCAGACUGUUACACUUUCUUCAUCACAAUUCUCCUGGAUAACAAAGCCCAUAGUGGUAAAGUUAGGAUCAGUCUUGAUAAUCAAGCCUCCAUUAAAGAAUGCAGGGAUCCAAGUGUGUCUGGACACGCUGAUAGCUAUGCCCGUGUGUUGUUUGAUGUGGCUGUCGCAGUGGUGUGUUUUCUCUCUCUCAUCCUCUGCGGUCGAUCAAUCGUCAGAGGGAUCAUCCUUCAACAUGAGUUAGUGCAGUAUUUUAAAGACACCUUGAAACGUCACGUCAGUUGGAAUGAUAGAUUGGAGUUUAUUAAUGGCUGGUAUAUUCUGCUCAUUGUGAGUGAUGUGCUCACCAUCACAGGGUCCAUCAUCAAGAUCGGUAUCGAACUAAAGAACCUUUCCUCCUACGAUGUGUGCGGGAUCCUUUUGGGAACCUCGACGUUGUUGGUUUGGGUUGGAGUUAUUCGCUACCUCACCUUCUUUCAGAAGUACAAUAUUCUCAUCGUCACACUAAGAGCGGCGUUUCCAAACGUGAUCCGAUUCUGCUGCUGUGUGGCGGUCAUCUACCUCGGCUAUUGCUUCUGUGGGUGGAUUGUGCUUGGACCCUACCAUGUUAAGUUUCGCUCUCUCUCGCUGGUGUCUGAAUGUCUGUUUUCUCUUAUCAAUGGAGAUGAUAUGUUCGUGACCUUCAGUGGCAUGCAGGAAAGCAGCAUGCUGGUCUGGGUCUUCAGUCAGGUUUACCUUUACACGUUCAUCUCAUUGUUUAUAUAUAUGGUGCUUUCUCUUUUUAUCGCACUCAUCACAGGCGCUUAUGAGACCAUUAAGCAUCAAACUCAGGAGCCCCUCCACAUCACUGACCUGCACGCGUUCAUCGCCGAAUGCAAGGACACGCCCUGUUCUGGAAAGUUUCGCGGCAUCGAGACGUCUCCGUGCUCUUUCUUCUGCUGUUGUGACAGAACCACAACAUAUGAAGAUGUCCUCUUGGUCAACUAGUAAUGCCAGGAGACAUGCAUCUCAUCUGCAUUACUGCACGUGGAUGAAAGACGGCGCGGGAAGCCCUAAUGGACCAUGAAGAAGCACACUGAAGAUUUUAGUAAACUGCCUAAAGUCUGGCAUAUUUAUAGUUUUACCUCAACUUUUUUUUUAAAGUUUCAUUUCAACUUAAUUCCAAAGUUCGAAUAUCUGAGGUUUUAUUACAGUAAUCAGUGCAUAAACGAUGAUCCCGCUUUGCCAGUCUGUUUUCUAUAUUGUUUAAGUGGGUCAUCAUUCAUGUACUGGGAAACAUUGGUGCGUGACAGUUAAGGACACAUGGAUGUUUCUGUUGAUGUUUCUCUUGGGUAAUAUUUGUUAACGUGUUUGCUGUCAAGUGAAUUGCUCAGCUAGUGGAUUUUCGACAUCACACCUAAAUCAAGUGUGUUAAAGAGACCAAAGUGCUUUUGGUUUGUAAAAGCAGUCAGCAGAUGUGACGCGUCGAUGCGGCUAAAGGUCAUGGGCAAUUUGAGUCAGCUUAUGAGUAAACCUUUCCUGUAUUUGUCACGUUGUGGCAGAAAGCUGUUGUCUCUUAUUCAGCACUUUGAGCAAAAACAGCACUUACCAUAAACUUAAGGGUUACUUUAUUAUAAUAAUCUAGCCUUACCAUAAUUACAAAUGAUCUCACACAAUGCCUCGAAACUGGCAUUUUAAAUAUUAGCCUUAAACACUCUCCAUGUCUAUAUUUGCCUGUUAUUUAACGUGUCAUUUUUACCUCAUUGUUUGUCAUGUGUUUUGUGCAUAUGUAUGUAUGGUUUGUUGAUGGAUUGUUGAUGUCUGUGAUUGUAAGACACAGUAAUGCAUUGUUUUACAUUAUAUACCGUAUGUUGACCACUUGUCAGUUUGUGAAUGUUAAAUGCUUCAUUUACCCUCUGCGGUGAUAUUUUAUAGAGAAUAUAAAAAUUCAACAGCUUUGUUUUAAAGACGAUGCCUUUGGGGAUCCAUCUACAACACCACUACAAGGUGACUUACUAAACUAUACAUUUAUAUAUUAUGCAUAAACAAAAGCUUACCUGAACAGACAAACAGGCUUAAAGGGAUAGUUCACCCAAAAAUGAAAAUUCUGUCAUCAUUUUUUCACUCUCAUGUUGUUACAAACUAUACAUAUUUUUUUGUUCUGAUGAACACAAAUGAAGAUAUUUUGAGGAAUGUUUGUAACCAAACUGAUUAUAAGCCCCAUUCACUUCUAUAGUAGGAAAAAGAAUACUAUGGAAGUGAAUGGGGCUCAUGUUUGUUUACAAACAUUACUCAAAAUUUCUUCUUUCGUGUUCAUCAGAACAAAGAAAUUUAUACAGGUUUGUAACAACAUGAGAGUGAGUAAAUAAUUUUUGGGUGAACCAUCCCUUUAAGUAUAUGUUCUAGAUGUGCAUUAAUAUAAUUUAUAAUGGUGCAGGCCAUUUACACAAGCACAGGUCAAGUGGGACCCGUAAUGAUUUUAGCAAAAAGCUUUUUUACACCUUUUUUGCGUUAGUUUUACUGUAGUAUUUUAGUCAUAUUCUGAAGUCAUUUCUUUUUUAUGUUGUGUCAGCUCUGUUGCUUUACUGUUUAAGAAUGAAUAUAAAGCGCACAAACAGCAAACUAUAGUAGACUUAGACAUGUAAAGCUAAACAUGGUGUUAAGAGAGGCUGCCACAUUAUUGUCACACUCUUAAAUGAUGCACAUUUAGUUUCAGAUGUGUUUCAUAUUUCAAAUGCUGUAUGUUCUGUUGUACAGUAAUCUGCUCUUUACUGUUUGGGUCUUCAAACUGAAGAAUUUUUUUUUCUCUUUAACUUGUCAUUGCACAUUUUACUUGACAGGUUUAUAUUUGUAUUUGUAUCACAACAUUGGUAUGUAUUAGUUAAUUCAAUACAGAGAUGGUCUUUAUAAUAAGAGUCUGUAUAAAUAUAAAGACUUCAAUUUUA